AUGGCUUUGGGAACCAUCGAUGGCAGAAGCUUUGCUGUAGGCAGGAAGCUCUCCGAAGGUCCAGGGUGGCCGGGUGCACAACUGGCAAGCUUAAGAAAUUGUGUGAACCACAACAUGGAUAGUCCAGGUUUCCGUAUGUCUCAGGUUGUCGAGACGUAUACAAUAUUCAGCGCAGUAAAGUUGGAAACUAACCUUACACAGACUGGCGGUGAAGAUAUCGCUUUGCAAAUUGCGGCGGGCAAACAUCUAGUGCCCUUGCCGUGGAGUGCUGCCCAAGCGAGACCUAAGCCACGGCUGCUGGAGAAGGCCGUUCGUGACAGGAGAGACCACCGGAUGGCUGUGCGGAUAAUUCAGGAGCAAAGCAGCUUUUGCGAACAAGUACUCAAAUUACUUGAUCCCACCAUGGUAGCCGUCUAUGACUAUUUGGUCGACUGCUGCCUUGAUCACAACGGUAUUCAACAAGGGCACAACCUCUUCCAAGUUGCGUUAGAAAGGAUGUGCGAUAUCCUUGAAUGUCCUGUAUAA